ACAGGUUGAGCUGAAUGAUACAGUAUCUUAAAACCUAGAAAGUGAAGGUGAUACCUUUAAGUCGUAGGAAGAUGUAAACAGAAUUAUGGAAGCCUAUGGCAAAAGAUAUGGAUUUAUGAUUAUAAAGAAACGAUUAGCUCAGUGUGAGAAUAGGAAUAUUAAACAUCAUAACUUUAGAUGUGAAUUUGGCAGCCGUUAUCAUUCAUAAAAACAAGUUGAUAUUAAUAGACAUCGAGAUUGUAAAUCAAAACGCCAGCAAUGUCCAUGGAAUGCAAAUUUCAAUUGCCCUCAAAACUUUCAAGUCGUAUCUUUUACUACUUUCAAUAAUUUGCACAACUAUGCGUUAUUUCCUACUGAUCCUGAAUAUUAUUCAUCAAAAUACUGUUGCAUUUCUAAUGAUGUUCUUAAAGAAGUCCAAUUUCUUACUGAACAUGGAAAUUUACUGAUUACCACUCAACAAAAGUUAUUGAAGGCAAAAUUUCUGACUAUAUCUAUUCUCAACUGUGAUCUCUCUAAUGCGAUAUAAAAAUAUAAAGUUAAACCAGAUGUAAUCCAUGAUACAUCUCAUUUACUAAAAAUACUAAUUGAGCAAAACCCUGCCUACUAUUAAAAUAGGUCACUCUAUGGCCUAAGUUAAUUAACCAAUAGAAUUUAAGCAAAUCCUAAGG